CCUAAGCCCGGGGGGAAAUGCUGCGAUGCCUGGGGAGGAGGGCGAGGGUUCCAGCGCUCGCGCGAUCGCAGGUCAGAUGCAUCUCCGACGAGCACUGGUUUACAUACGAUGAGGAUUUGCCAGCGCCGUCGCUGUUGCUGCCUCCCAAUGCGCCCAAGGAGCGGGCGACAUCGCAAGAGGGGCUGGAAGGGGGCGUCCUGUACAGACUGCCCAGCUUCUUGCUCGUCUUCUGGACUGGCGACAUUUCGCAGUGGCGAGUUCCUGGCCAGCGCGAUGCGAUUGUUGCUCCCGCAAACAAGAAGCUAAACGCUGGAAUUGGCGUGAAUCGAGCUAUUCAUAACGCUGCUGGACCAUCUCUAGCGGAAGCCUGUGCAAUGCUAAAAUCUCUCGAUCAGUUUGGAGUGAAAUGCCGCAUUGGCAACGCGGUGGUCACCAAGGCUUACAGACUACCAUUGCACAGGAUCAUUCAUGCAGUUGGACCAGCCUACGAUGGAGCCGAGGAAACGCCUACAUUGCUUGCUCAGACUUACAGGCGUUGUCUGCAACGUGCAAAGGAGAUUGAACUGGAAUGUCUGGCGUUUCCACCGAUUUCAUGUGGCGUUUACGGAUACCCCGUGAGGGAAGGAGCUCGGAUUGCGUUGCAGGAAAUCAAAGAUCCUCCUUCGUGUAUCAACGAGGUGAGAUCCACUUUGUUCUCAGUGAUCCAAGCGAUUAUGUCACCUGGGUUUCGGAAGCAAACAAUGUACUUGGUUACUAAAGAACUGUAAAUCUCUACAAGGUUUCUACAUCAAGGCCUUGAAAGUCUCCAAUUAACAAAGAUAGAGCUGGAUCUCAUGUAAAGCUCGAGAUAUAGAUUAGAUCUCCCUUGGGAGGGAAUAACGACACUUUGGACUGUGUAAAAGAAAACUUAAGCGAAAGCACCAAAACCA